UUUGGCCCCAGCAAAAGACAGACUUGUAGAAGGACGGGCCGGCGGCAGAAGCGCGAUGGCUGCGAAGCCAAAAGUCAGCUUCAAGAUUACCUUGGCGUCUGAGAAAACCCAGCCAUUCAAGGUCAUCACUGUCCCAGAAGAAGCUCCCUUCCUUGCAGUCGUCAAGUUCGCAGCGGAGGAGUUCAAGGUCAACCCUUCCACAAGCGCUGUGAUCACGAAUGACGGAGUCGGUUUGAAUCCGAACCAGACAGCAGGGUCAGUCUUCCUCAAACACGGUGCAGAUCUGAAGCUGAUCCCCCGAGACCGCGUCGGAGCUGCGGUGAACACACCGAGGCAGCGAUAGACCACGAAAAAGCCGCAAAAAAAAAGGUAGUAAC